AUGGAUAUUCUCAAAGGCUCCCUUUGGGCGUACACUACUACUAGCACGACGACUACACGGUGUCCUGAUAUAUGUUGGGUAGAAAAUUGUGAAACUGGUAACAGAACUACGAUACCUUGCCCUAAUACAACUUGUGCAACGACCAUAGUUCCAACAAUAACAACAACGACCACUGUAGCUUCGCUGCAAUCGGACUGCUCGACUCUUCAAGCUGAACUCACACGGGUGAAAUUAGGUUUAGGUAUUGGCUUAGGUUCUGGUAUGGCGAUAACUAGUGGGCUAGCGGCGGGUAGCUAUAUUUAUUUCACUAGACGUCUUGCACAAUUAUCAACGGCAGAAUUUGCUGGAGCACGUGAAUUAACUACGUUUUAA